CUCUCUCUCUCUCUGUCCUUCUUCAAGCCCCCUCUCUCGCUUAGCCCUCUGAAACUUCAAGUUCCCGAAUUUCAGAAACAAAAAAAAUCCGCCAUGAAUUAACGUCUUGGUCGUCACGAAGAUCAAAACCCAGAAACCCAAUUCCUCAGAAAAGCAAACGAAUUCGGAAACAUGGCGGAAAACGGCCCAUCGUCGUCCCCAAACCCCCUCCAACCCAGUAUUGACCCAGCAGCAGCAGCAUCAGCCUCAAACAUUAUGAUCACAGAAAACCCAGCAAACCCUUCUGCAAAUCAAGCAAUCCCAUCCCCUUCAACUGUCUCCCAAUCUCCUCAACUCGCAUCCCCACCUCUCCCUCCCAUGCCUAACAUCUCUCUUCCUCAAACCCAGCACAUUUCACCCACCGUUGGAUUGGAUUACCUGCAGAAAUCUACCCAGCAGCAGCUGCUGCAGCUGCAACAGCAAUCUCAGUCAUUGGUGCAACAAUCCCAGAACGUGAAUGUGAAUUCCAUGUCGAAUUACCAGCUCCAGCAGAGGUCACCGUCGAUGUCCCGAAUGAACCAGCUUCAGCAGCUGAGUCAGAACCCGCAGCAGCAGCAGCAGCAUUUUGGUAUGAUGAGGCAGCAAGGGGGCUUGUAUGGGCAGGUGAGUUUUGGUGGCUCUGGUGGUAUUCAACAGCAGAAUCAGCAGCAGCAACAGCAAAACCCGGCACAGCAGACGCAGCAAAUUGGCGGUGGGAAUUUGUCGCGAUCAGGCUUGAUCGGGCAGAGUGGCCACCUGCCCAUGUUGUCUGGCGCUGCUGCUGUUGCAGCUGCGCAAUUCAAUCUGCAGCCGCAGUUGUUGGCCUCGCCGAGACAAAAAGGCGGUCUGGUCCAAGGUUCCCAAUUUCAUCAAGGUAAUUCUCCUGGGCAAUCUUUACAAGGAACCCAAGCAAUGGGGAUGAUGGGAUCCAUCAAUUUGAGCUCUCAACUAAGAGCUAAUGGGGCCAUUGCUUCUUUUGCUCAACAGAGAAUGAAUCAGGGGCAGGGCCAACUUAGGCAACAAUUGGCCCAACAAAAUUCGCUCACCUCUGCACAGGUUCAGAGCUUGACAAGAACGUCUUCACUUGCAUUUAUGAACCCUCAGCUAUCUGCGGUGUCUCAGAAUGGACAGCCAGCAAUGAUGCAGAAUUCUUUCUCACAACAGUGGUUGAAGCAAAUGCCAACAAUUCCCGCCCCUGGCUCACCUUCGUUCCGCAUUCAACAUAGGCAGCAGGUUCUCCUUCAGCAGCAACUGGCUUCUAAUCAGUUGCAAAAGUCCAUGCCCUCGACCCAACAACAGUUAAACCAGCUUGUACAGCAGCAGCAGCAACAAAUGGGACAUCCACAGCUGCAGCAGCAGCAGCAUCAACAGCAACUUCAGCAGCAGCAAAUACAGCAGCCACUGCAGCAACAAUCGCAGCAGCAACAGCAGCAGCAGAACUCGCCAAGGAUGGCUGUACCCGCAGGCCAGAAAUCUCUUAGUUUAACAGGAUCACAGCCUGAUGCUACUGCAUCUGGUACAACUACACCUGGAGGGAGUUCAAGCCAAGGAACAGAAGCAACUAACCAACUUCUGGGGAAGAGAAAGAUACAAGAUGUAGUCUCUCAGGUUGAUUCUCAAGGAAGGCUGGAUCCAGAAGUUGAAGAUCUUCUCUUGGAGAUUGCUGAUGACUUCAUUGAUUCUGUGACAACAUAUGCAUGCAAUUUGGCAAAGCAUAGAAAAUCUUCAACUUUAGAGUCCAAGGAUGUGUUGCUACACCUAGAGAAAAAUUGGCAUUUGACAAUUCCCGGUUUUUCAAGUGAGGAGAGGAAGUACCAAAACAAAUCAUUGUCGAGUGAUCUCCAUAAGAAGCGUUUGGAUGUGAUUCGGGCACUGAUGGAAUCGUCAAACCUGGACACAAAUCCCAAUACGCCUAAAGAGAUGAUCAGAGGGUUUGGCAAUCCAGUUGGUGCAAACCACUUAAUAAAACCAUCUCCUGGUGCAGAACAGUUGGUUUCACAAUCAACUGGUUCUCAAAUGAUGCAGCAAAUGACUCGGUUUUAAUAGAGAUCAGCUAUCAGCAGUUAUUGUUUCUCCGUGCUGAUUUUAGUCGUUACAUAUGUUGGUUUGGUUAGCGAAAUCAGGAGCGUAUCUGGAUCGAUAGAAGCACAAAUCUUUAAUUACUUGCUAAGAAAUGAUAAGGAGGUGGGUAUAAAAAUCACUGCAGACUGCAGUUGAGCUUCUGUUACACCAUUUUCCUUUGAAUUUGUUGAUGAUUUGGUGGUUUGACGAAAUUGUUAAUUUAUAGGCACACAAAUCGUAUGGCCAACUCUCAGCAGACUAGAGUUGGUUGGGGCUUUGUAAUCUAAUUUAUUAUCUCUAGUUUUUGUUUUUGUUUUCUUUUAUAAUUUUUUGCUUGGAUUUUAUUUGUAUGGUAAUGAUUUAAAAUGAAGAAUUAGUUCGCUUUGUGUACUUAGUUUAUUUGAUUUUUUUGGGGUGAAGUAUACAAAUUUGCUUUGGAUUGUAAAGGAUAAUACUUAGGUUCUGUACUUAUAAGGAGUCAUUAUUCCUUCCAUCAUGAUGUGACACUAUUUCAGUAUAUAAACGUCGAAAUUCGAUUUGUUUA